AUGAAGUUUAUCAUAGUGUUUUCACUAUUUCUGGCCGCAGAAUGUUAUCGACUUUCGGAGGACGAAAACCGUCACCUCAAGAAAACAUGCGGUGUGCGCAGACUGGGUAAAUCGGCUCCGUUCAAGAUUUUUGGAGGUCGUAAAGUAGCCCCUGGCAAGUAUCCGUGGUUGGUUAAAAUUUUCACUCAGAAGGAUCUAGGCGACAUUUCAUUUAAUGACACAUGCAGUGGGUCUUUAAUUUCAUCACGUCAUGUGAUAACGGCAGCACAUUGCGUGACCAAUUACGACCCAGAAAAGGUUACCAUGGAAUGUGAGGGGGAGCUAAAUGGCUACCUGCCAUCUCACAUCCAUCCGGAGCUUUUCCAAGUGUACGUUGGCACCUUAUGCAGCCAUCCAGAAAGAUGUCAACGUCCACAUCGUGUCAAGAAGAUAUUUAUUCACAAGAAGUGGAAUCGAUGCCUACAGUCGAACCUGUACAACAGUCAAACACAAAUUCACGAUUUUGUAUUCUCGAGCUCAGGAAGAGCUGUACACGAGGUGGAAGGUCUUCCUAUUUGUUUACCAGCUCGGAAAUUUCGUUUAGCAAAACUUCUUCGUGGUGCCGGAGCUGGAAGAGACUCAGAAUCUGACGAUCCAGGACUGAAAGUUGCGCGUCUUUCACUCUACGGAGAAGAACCUAAACUUUUUACCAUUGUAACAUCAUCAACAGAUGCUUCUGCUUGCGGGGUAGGUGGUGCCUAA